GGUACAGAGCAUGAUUGAUGUUCGAUGUCACAAUGCCCCGAAGCGCAAUCAAUAGAGUUCUGCUCGUGUGGAUCACCGCCAUUAUUUACUUAUUCGGUAUCAUCCUCGCCAAACCAGUUCAAUACUGCAAAUUUGGAUACAAGGGGAAGGAAGAACAUGGCGACGUGGACUUUUGCAUGGCCGUCGCCAUGCACGAGAAUCGAUCUUCGAAUGCCUACGAUAUGUACCUGUCCAUGACCGUCACACGGGGAUCGGAUCUUGGUUGGACUGCGGUCGGGACAGGCUCCGUAAUGGCCGGCUCGUUGAUGACUAUAGUCUAUGGCGAACCUCUUACUGGAGAGCCUCCGGUUGUCAGCAUACGGACCGCAGCUGCACAUCACCAGCCUAAACGGAUAACCCAAGAGCAAGCGGGUGGUGCAGAGGUUCGGGUUCUCCAGGCAGAAUGGCGGGCUAUUGAUGAAGAUCGCACGCUUGCCACGCUAUCAUCUUCUUCAUACGCGUAUGUCGCCGAAGUGAGUCUCGUCUGCUAUUCUUGUAAUCUGUGGCCGACAAAAGGGAGAGGUAGCAGUAAGAUUUCUGCAACAGCAACGUCCCUCCCUUGGAUUUGGGCAUGGAAUGAGGAUCAGGAGAUAUCAGCCCUCUCCGACGAUGCCCAUCUCAACGGACACAGACACCGCCGCGGAAAUGGUGGAUGGGGCGAAUUCUAUGUCGACAUGGCGCAGUCCCUUAGCACCGCUGAGAACCCUCCACCUGUCCCAGUGAUACGAUCUGGGGUUGGCACUCUAGGAACGUCCGAUACGCCCAUAGACAGGAGUAAAAAGUUUUCCCUGUUUAGCAGUGGGACUAUACAUGGCUUCCUGAUGGGAAUGGCAUUUCUCGUUGUCUUCCCAUUAGGAGUGCUAGCCAUGCGCUCGCAAUCCAGCAAGUCAUUCAAAUACCACUGGAUCAUUCAGCUCGUCGCCUCCCUCUGCACUGGCGUAGGAGCCAUUAUCGGUAUCAUUAUGAGCCGAGGGUCAUUUAACUCCCCUCACCAGGUAGCCGGACUGCUGGUAUCCGGUGUACUUGGCCUCCAAGCGUUUCUGGGGUGGAGACACCAUGUAAUUUUCCUACGGGUCAGACACCGAACCUGGAUCUCGCAUACCCACAUCUGGGCCGGAAGAUUGAUUAUGAUUGUGGGCUGGGCGAACUUUCUCAGCGGGAUGGUUUUUGUAGCAACUGGCCCGUUCUGGGUCAUCCUGGUGUCUGCGAUUAUUCUGGGAGAAAUUGUUGGUCUCACCUUCUGGGUUUGGACCUGUAAUAGGCGCAAAUCGCGCAAGGCCCCUCCUGAGGCGUCAGAACCAUGGCAAGGGGAGCGAGACGGGGAAUACUUCGCGGUAGGUGAAGAUGAGACGGAGAUGAACGACAUGGGUGAUCAUGACAAACAUGAGAGUAGCCCGUAUGACCCUAUACUUCCACGACGUUCGCAUUAAACUGGAGCUGUGGUAGGUUUGUCUAUGUGUCUGAUUGGGCGACAUGCUAUGAAAUACAAUGUUGCAAAGCAAAUAUUUCUAUACGAGAGACUCAAGAAUG